CUGUGGAAGAUGGAUGCAGUGAGGUGUUUUUUGUUGGAAAUGAAGUCGAGAUAGAGUUGAGGUUUACAGCUGCCGAAAAGAGGCGCAAUGGUGGCUUCAACCGCUAACGGCAGGCAAAAGUGAGACAUAAAAUGGAAGUGAGCCGAGCAACGUGGGGAUGGCGUAGGUACUUCUUUUGCCGAGUUUCUCUUCAGGUUGUGUGUACUUCGUACGUGUGUUUUCUUUUCUUCUUCCAAGCGGGUCUGCCUCUUGGAAACUUCCGAAUCCAAUGCCUAAGGUACCUUAGAUACGUUUUUUCUAGAUUCCAGGCCGCUCUUUUUUCUUCUGCCGCUGUCUUGGGUUCCAACUCCCGUCUUCCAUCUACGUACUACAUAGCAGUAAGCACCUACUGUACAAUACAGUACAUGGGGGGUACCGACAGGCCUCGUCAUCGACGCAAUUCGCAGCCCAGAUGCGCGAACAUCUCAGGCCCACUCACACUGGCCUCUGGAACCCCUGCACCUCUCUGGUCCAGUAUCUUGACAACCCGCCCCUCCCCUCCACCGACGCCUCACUCGCGGCGAUGUCGAUACGAAUGCUCCGUGAUCGUGAUGGGAGUGGUGAGCCAGUUCCGCACUCAGCAUAGGAAUUGCACACCCUCUUCUUACGCACCGUCGAAACGCGAAACGAGGAAUGCCCUGGGGUAUGGAGAGAAAGAGAGAGGGAAAAGGAGCAAGGGCUUCGAGCGGAGAGGCGACGAGAGAGAGAGAUAGAAGAAAAAACGGGACGACGCCACUGCAUAUAUGAUAUAACAUCAUAUCCCCGGGAGCUUUCACUAGCAGCCGGGAGUUGCGCAGCCUCGCUAA